CUUAGAGCAGCCCCAUUAGAGGUUUUAGACAGGUUCAUGGGCUCAGUAUCAUAGGGCCGGACCAUUAAAAAUAAAGAUUAAAUGGGUUAUUUCUCGCGACCCGCCCCUUACGAGUGACCCCGUCCGAUACGGGUUCACACCACGUGUCGCGAAUUGAUUGGAGACGCGGCGUCGACGUCACGCGGUGGAAAGGGGAGAGAGAUUCAUUUCUCUCUUUUGUCUCGAAAACUCUAGGGUUUCUUCCUCCCGGCGAAACCCCGUGCGACGACGAUCUCUGUCCCUAUUUCUCGAAUUUGCUCCAUCGAUUCGACGAGUUAUUGUCUCCUCUACUAACAGAGGUGGGUCUCGACUGGAAUCUCCUUUAUAUUGAUGUCGUUUUGGUUUCGAAAUCGAGUUAGGGGAAAUUUCAAUUUUUUUUUUUACGAUUUAGGGUUCGAAAUCGAGAAGGGUUUUGAUUUAAUGCUGUAUUACCUCGUCUACGGGUUCGAUUUAUAGUUUUAAGGUUCGAUUCUCGCGGAUUGGAAAUCGAAAAGGGUUUUUCGAGUUAGGGUUCAAAAUAGAAUUUGGGGGUUUCGAUAAGUGGGUUUAGAUCUUGUACUGGGUUCGAUUCACGGUUUUGACUACUUUUGUCUCAAUCGAUUCACGGUUUUGAUUAUUUUUGAUUCAAUAGAAAAGGGUUAAUCAAUUUCAUUUCUCUGUUUCAGAUGGAUCCCUCAGCCGAGAUAACAGAUUUUAAGAGGAAGCAGGAGUUCAUCGACCACCUGUACAACGUUGCCGAUUCGUCAUAUGGGAUGCCGACAAGCUGUCCGUGUGGUGGUAGAAUCAUCGACGAGGUUCGGGUGAAGGAGGAGUACGACACGCGUCCCGGGAAGCGCUUCUUCAGCUGCAUAAACUACGAGGCUGAUGGGUUGCAUUACCGUCAGCCUUGGGUUAUAGGUGUCCAGGAGGAGAUGGUACGCAUGCGUGAGCGUGUGGAUGAGGCUGUUGAGAUCAUCAAAUGUGUGCCCAUUCUCACUAAACAGAUCGACAGUCUUGAGGCACAGGUUAAGAGGCUCACAUUGCUGCUUGAUAAGCUCACUGGUGACGUCUAUAACCUCACAGUCCAGGCGGCUGCUCUGGAGAAGGCCUGUUUCGACUGAAACAGAACAGGUAAACUUUCAACUCGAGUAGGAACUGUUUCCGUGUGGAACUUGAGUAGGAACUGUUUCCGUGUAGAGUAGAAACUGAGACUUAACUAGGAACUUGAGUAGGAACUGUCUAUAAUACAUUAGGAACUUGAGUAGGAACUGUUUCCGUGUAGAGUAGAAACUGAGACUUAACUAGGAACUCGAGUAGGAACUGUUUCCGUGUGGUUACUUGCUUCCUCUGGUUGAACUGAGAGUUAACUUGUUCAUUAAAUAUCUAGAGUAGGGAGUGUAGUAGUACUUCAUUAAAUAUCUAGUACUAGUUUGGUUCCUCUGGUUGGUUGCUGUGAUGAAUGCGCUUAAAUUGCUGUGUCUUAAACGUUUUAGAGUUUUUUAGAAUUGAUUUGAUGUGUAAUGAAUGUCUGUGAACAAGUUGUUGUCUAAUUAAGUGUAAUGAAUGUUUGGUAGUUAGGAAACCACCCGUAACUCAAACGCAAGUAGUUCUUUAAAAAAUACAUAAUCCUUUUUAAAACUUCUAACAAACAACAAAACACAACCCCAAACCAAAAUGGAUACGUUUUCACAAAGUUCUCCCGGUUUUGUGAACCUAUUAUCUUCCCAGUCCAGUAAAACCGUAGAAGUAGGGUCGUCUGAGGUUCCUAAACCGGCUGGUGAAAGGAGAAAGUGGACGACUCAAGAAGACAUUAUCCUCAUCAGUGCCUGGUUAAACACAAGCAAAGAUCCCAUAGUUAGUAACCAGCAGAAACUAGGGUCGUUUUGGAGAAGAAUAGAGGAUUACUUUAAUGCAAGCGCUCAGCUAGGUGGCUUUCUACCUAGAGAGUGGAGUCAGUGUAAGCAGAGGUGGGGAAGGGUGAAUGAACAAGUGUGUAAAUUUGUGGGAAGCUAUGAGGCAGCAUUGAAGGAGCAAUCAAGUGGGCAGAACGAGAACGAUGUCAUGAAGUCAGCUCAUGACAUCUUCUUUAACGACCACCAGGCGAAGUUUGCACUUGAACACGCGUGGAGGGAGCUGAGGUAUGAUCAGAAGUGGAGAUCGAACUCUAUAUCAAGAGAUGGUGGAAAGGCGAAAAUGAAGGAAGCUGCGGAGACGGUGCCUGACUCGGAUGAGGCUAGGCCUCCUGGCGUUAAGGCUUGCAAAGCAGCCAAACGCAAGAAGCCUGGCAAUGAAGCUGCAUUUGAUCGCCUGGAGAUCAUUCUAGAGAAGAAACAGAAUAUUUCGAAACAGAAAAUACUUGAUCGUCUCCUCUCUAAGAACAUAGCUACUCUAACUGAAGCUGAGGUCGCUUUGAAGGACAAACUUGUUUCUGAGAUGCUUUAGGUUGUUUAGUUGAAAAUUUCUUGAACUCUUUGUUUGCUUCUUUACUUGCUUUGAUAAUUUUACAACUGCUUUUGUUGACUUGAAACUUAUAUUCUUCUGUGUUAUUUUGCAGGUGAAAGGAUCUGUGGGGCCGUUGGUCACGGGCAUAUGGGAGAUAAAGUCUGGACUUGAUGGGUUUUGUAGGUGUCACGGGUAUUGUAGUAGUAGUAGUUCACGGGUUGUUCAUGUAGUUGUAGUACUACAUGUAUCUUUUGGGUCGCAGCAGGUCAGUGUUUGUACUAGACACUAGUGAUGAACUUGGUGUCACGGAUUGUAAUAUGAAGUGUAGUAUUUUGUUUGUCUCUACACUUCACGGGACUUGUAAAAGUUUGUUAUAAAAAGGACAAGUAUUUCAUGUCUCUCAUAUAUGUUCUCUUCUC